AUGGCUGGCCCAAGCAAAUCACUCAUCCUCGACCCUGCUCUGCAGAAAUACUACGAACUUAACGCAAACCGCUACAAAUACUUUCGCUGGACGCCACGAAAUGCUUGGUUGACUCUGGUGUAUGUCGGCAUCGUCCCUGGAAUCCUCGGAUACGUUGCCUACAAGACGGAAGGCAAAUAUGACCCCAGAGGAAAGCGCAGAGGAGAUACGAUUGCCGAGUGGUAG